AUGCUCUCGUUCUGUCCCAACUGUUCCAAUAUGUUACUUAUAUCCGCAGGUGAUGACGGGUGCAACCGUUUCUACUGUCCCACCUGUCCCUAUGAAUUCAAGAUCAAUGGGCUCCUGAUGUUUGAGCGAAAGAAGCUUUAUAGAAAGGAAGUUGAUGACGUGUUGGGAGGAGAUGGAGCUUGGGACAAUGUCGACCAAACCUCUGCUCAAUGCCCUGUUGACUCUUGUGGAGGUAACAAGGCAUAUUUCUUCCAGUUGCAGAUUAGAUCUGCGGAUGAGCCCAUGACUACUUUCUAUAAGUGUGUGAAUUGUGGCCACAAAUGGAAGGAAAAUUAG